AUGGGUCAAAUCAACCAGACUGCUGGGAUGAUCAACGCCAGACAAGUCCCCUUUCCAUCGUCGCCGCGAUCAAGAACAUACGCGAUUGAGCCCGGAACUUCAGCUGCACCUCCACUACCCACACAAUCCGCGAAUCCGAGGACGGACCAUGGACCUUCAAGGACAGAUCAGUCUGCGCGGUCAUCUCACCGUGGAAGCAUCGACUACAGGAAUCUAUCAGCGAGUGCUAGUCCAAGCACAUCGUACUCAUCGUACAGUCAAGCAAGCCACACUUCUCCGGCGACGCAGUAUGCAACUACCACGGGACCGCCAGCCUUUCAUGGCAGCAAUGACCCUUUACAUAUCGGGGCCCGUCAAGCAAAUCCGAUGGGCCCUGAACGACAAAGACCUCUCGGCAUCCCGAUAUCCUCCUCUGGAGGUCAGAAUGUCUACCAGAUGAUGUCUCUGGAGACGACUUCAGGCACUGUACAGCUUCCGGUGGACGUUCAAGGUGCUUCGCGCGUCGCGGAUGAGAAGAGGCGAAGGAAUGCAGGAGCGAGCGCUCGGUUUCGACAACGUCGCAAGGAGAAGGAGAGGGAGUCGACAACGGCGAUCUCGAAACUGGAGCAGCAAGUGAAGGAGCUCAGCGAGGAUGUGGACUUCUACCGACGUGAACGCGAGUUCCUGGCCGGCGUCCUCAUUCACGUACCCGGAGGCGACCGUCACUUUCCGAGACCAUCUUCUCCAAGGCACCGAAGAUCUUCCAAUGUCUCCCUACCUGGACCUAUCGGUGUUGGAACAGCCACAUUCCCCAUGGCGCAAGAGCAGAUGGUCCAGAGCCCCGGCGAAGGUCGCAAAGUUCGAAGGCGGACGUCUACCAUGUCUCUCCCUCCACCACCACCAGCACCGCAGAUGCAUCCAGCCGGGACGCCCAUCCAACAAGGAUACGGACAGCAGCCGUUUGGCGGACCUUUGGGACCACCUCCGCCACCACCACCAUCGCAGCGAGGAUCUUACCCGACGAACAAUCCGCCAAUGCGUGGAGGACGCUUGCCAUCGCCGGCAGAGACUGCCAGGCAUCCCCAGCAACUUCCCGCCCUGCCGCAGGUGUUGCAGCCGCCGGCUCAAUGGGGCGCGCAUCAAGGCGCAGAGCGGCCGCGGGAUCCGAAUCAGCCGCGCGAGACUCGUUGA